AUGGGGAUCGUGGAGGCGUGGGUGCGGGAGAAGCCCAUCCGCACCUUCCUCGCCCGCCUCGCCCAGCGCCGGGGGGCGGCGGCGGCCGCUUUCCUCGCCUCCGCCGCCGCCGCCGCGGCCAUCGACGGCGAGGGGGGCGGCGAGGAAAGCAUCCCGCAGCUCUCCUCCAUCGCCAACUCCGUCGUCUCCCGCUGCUCGAGGAUUCUUGCUCUUUCAACUGAAAACUUACGGCAAAGCUUUGAGACUGAUUUCCCACAUAAUUGUAAUGAGCCCAAUACAUAUGCAAGAGAGCUGUUAGAGUAUUGCUGCCACAAAGCUCUUCAUGAAGUUACUACACGUCCAGACUAUUUGGCUGAUAAGAAUCUUCGCCGCUUGAUGUUUGAUAUGAUGCUUGCAUGGGAAACCCCAGGCUCUGAGGAUGCAUCAGUAGAAAAUGGUUCUACUGUGCGUGAUUCCCUUGAGAUUGAAGAUGUGGAUGAGGGAUCAAUUUUUUAUGCAAAUUCCACAAGAUUGGCUGUUCAAGUUGAUGACAAGAAGACAGUUGGGCUAAAUGCUUUUGCACAAAUAGCACCUUCAUGCCCAAUAAUAGCUGACUUGGUUACUGUCCACAAUCUGUUUGAUGCACUUACAAGCUCAUCUGGAGGCCGAUUACACUUUCUUGUUUAUGACAAAUAUCUCAGGAGUUUAGACAGGGAACUGAGGUCCGUGAAAGGUAUCAUGCAAUCUCCACUUGCUUCGAGUUUUCAUCUUGAUGCUGGAGAGUGUAUAUUAGCUAUUGAUGGAGACAAGCCUAUUCAUCCUGUACUGCAACAUAUCGGGAUAUCAGCAUGGCCAGGAAGAUUGGUCCUCACAACACAUGCUCUUUAUUUUCAGAGUAUCAGAGUGGGUUAUGGUGAUAAUAUUGUUAAAUAUGACUUAGCUACGGAUUCAAAUCAAGUAAUUAAGCGUGAUUUGACUGGACCACUGGGUGUACGCCUCUUUGAUAAAGCAGUGAUGUACAAAUCAAGCAUUUUGACAGAACCAAUUUAUUUUGAUUUCCCUGAAUUAGGAGGUCCUUCGCGAAGAGACUAUUGGUUAGCAAUCACCCGUGAAGUAUUGCAGGUGAACAGAUUUAUCAGGAAGUUCAAUCUUGGAGAUGUUCAGAGAGCAGAAGCACUCUCAAAAGCUAUCCUGGGCAUCUUGAGAUACUCUGCUGUCAAAGAAGCUUUUCAUAUUGCUCCUUCCCACUUCAAAACAACACUUACUUUUAGCUUGGCAGAAAAGCUUCCAAAAGGAGACAUGGUCUUAGAAGCGCUGUAUAAUAACUACUUCCAACUCUUGGACUCUUCACUGAGCCAUUUAGCAACUGAUUCUGCAGUUGAUAAAAUGUCAGAGAACCAUUCUGUACCAUUUUCCUUGUAUGCUCUCUCUAGAAUGGGGUUUCUUCUGCUGAAGAGAAAAGAUGAAACUGAAAAGGAAAUAAGCUUUUGUGCUGUUUGCUUUGGUGUAACAAAAUCUCUGGAGGCUGCUCUGAAAGAGUCGAUUUGUUACUCUGAGAGAAUAGAGUCAGCACGUGCUACAGUAGACCAAGUAAAGGUGGAAGGCAUUGAUGCAAAUCUUGCUGUCAUGCAGGAGUUACUCUUCCCUUUCAUUCAAGUAGGAAAGAUUGUUUACUCUCUGAGUCAGUGGGAAGAUCCUUUGAAAUCACUUCUUUUCUUAGCUUUUAUAUUGUAUGUUAUUCAAAGGGGUCUUGUCAGUUACGUCGUGCCCUUUGUUUUCUUAACUUUUGCUGUUCUCAUGCUUUGGCAUAAGUAUAUUGGGGACGGAAAACUGUUGGAAGUGCUUGAAGUAAAACCUCCUCCAAGUAAAAAUGCUGUUGAGCAAAUCUUGACAUUGCAGGAGGCUAUAUCCAAGUUAGAAGAUUCUCUACAGGCUGUAAAUAUUGCUCUUCUAAAGUUCAGAUCUGUCUUGUUUGCCUCUGUUCCUAAGGCCACUGAAGUGGUCGCAGCGGUUCUUAUUGCCGCAACUACAUUUCUUGUCGUCGUACCUUCCAGGCAUCUGAUACUUAUGGUAGCCCUGGAGUUGUACACGAGGGAGAUGCCACUAAGGAAACAGAACACUGAGAAGUUCCGCAGGCGAAUUAAGGAGUGGUGGGCCCGCAUUCCAGCUGCACCUGUGCAGAUGAUCGGACCUAACGAAACGAAGAAAAAGAGGUGACCACGGGCUCUCGAACGGGAAAAGGAGUCCACAAAAUUUCCGUUUCCUGUUUCAACCUGACCAGCUAACCUGUCCAGAUUUUAAUCCUGAUUGCUCGGAAUCAUCAUCAUAGUCAAACUGCUACCGAUUAACCGAGAUAACCAACGUACAGAGGCAUUGCCGUGGACGUACAGUUGUAAAAAGCAUGUUCGGAGCCCCCCCCCCCCCCCCCCCCCUCUUGAUUGUAAGACAUUCUGUGAAGUUAGCAUGAUAAGGUUCUCGAGCUCUGAUUAAUUGGUUAACCUCCAUUGAACAAUUUGGACUGCGGUGGUUGAUCAUAUUACUGUGUUCAGCACUGUAGAGAGGAAUUGGAUCAACCAUGUCUACUUUUGAUCUCA